AUGAUGAAGUUAUUACUAGUUGUUUGUCUGGCAGUUGCGUCUUUCACUAGUGGUGCAGUGGUGAGACCCACUAACAGGUCUAGCUUGAGCGUGGGUUACAUUACAAAUGGCGACCGAUUGCUGCAUAGACAGUAUCUGAACAAACAGCCUGUCCCCAACGCUGUUCAGUACCAGGACUUCAUAUUCCCCAAAACGCUUACCCUUGGAUUACAUCGGGGGGGCGUCGGGUACAAUUAUGCCACAGUAAGGGUUCAAAGUGCAAGGGGUUUGGGCUACUAUUACGUCAUUGAUGUUUGGGGACGAUAG